AAACUCCACCGUGUACAUGACAGCCACACAUUGCUACAUCACAGGAUCAUAUACUUGAACGGAACGCCUAGAGCGCCUCGAAAGUCAACCUCGUUUACAGGGGGUGCUCGCGCUACAGAAGCUCGUAUCAUCAUUCUAAAGCGAACCCACAACAGCAAACUUCACACCCUGCGCCCAACCCGUCCAUCUAUCUCAUCCCACGCUCAAUCAUGCAAAUCGCAGAGAUCCUCUCCGAUCUCACGUCUCUCCGCGCCUGCGACCACGCUGCAGCAAUGGCACUCGUCUCUGCGCGUCCGCCGUCGGAGUCUUCGGGGCAGGUAGUAUCGUCUGGACAAGAUCAGACAGCGGCAGCGUCAGAGGCCGAUCCUGAUAUUGCGCGUGCAAGGGAUCUUGUGGAGUUGCAUCGUGCGGUCAAGGUGGCGCAUAGGCAGGGGACGUUGGAGAUGGAGCUUGAGCAGGCGAGGGAGAGUGUUAGGAAGGCGGUUGCGGGGUUGAGGUGAUCAAGGGGUGUUGGGGUUUGUAUUUGUAUCGGUUGGGUGAUGGGGAGGUUUAGACGGGUUGGGCGAGAGGCGUUUUGCUUUUGUGUGUGUGGAAGGGGUUGGGAAUCAUGAGAGCUGAGCGAAUCGAGUGAUAGAUGUAUCAAAGUGAGGAUUAAGGGUUCUAUCAUUUUUGAUGUGAUGAAUAAGAUUACAAGUGAGGAUAUCCCG